AUGGACCAGUACAGCAUUUUAGGCAGAAUUGGCGAAGGGGCACAUGGAAUUGUUUUCAAAGCAAAACACAUCGAGACAGGAGAGACUGUGGCAUUGAAAAAAGUAGCCCUGCGAAAACUUGAAGAUGGAAUCCCCAACCAGGCCUUAAGGGAAAUUAAAGCGCUUCAAGAAAUCGAGGACAAUCAAUAUGUGGUCAAACUUAAGGACGUGUUCCCACAUGGCACAGGCUUUGUGCUGGUGUUUGAAUACAUGUUGUCUGAUCUGUCUGAAGUCAUUCGCAAUUCGCAAAACCCCUUGACUGAAUCUCAGGUGAAAGGCUAUAUGAUGAUGUUGCUGAAAGGAGUGGCCUUCUGCCAUGAGAACUCCAUCAUGCACAGGGACCUGAAACCAGCAAACCUGCUUAUCAGCUCAACGGGUCAUUUAAAGAUUGCUGACUUUGGUCUGGCAAGGCUGUUCUCCAACGAGGGAGAUCGGCUCUACAGUCAUCAGGUGGCAACAAGGUGGUAUCGUGCUCCUGAGCUUUUGUAUGGUGCCCGGAAAUACGAUGAGGGUGUGGAUCUCUGGGCAGUUGGUUGUAUUUUUGGAGAACUGUUAAAUAACUCUCCCUUGUUUCCUGGAGAAAAUGACAUUGAACAGCUCUGCUGUGUGCUCCGUGUCCUGGGAACCCCCAACCAACGAGUGUGGCCGGAAAUUACAGAGCUGCCGGAUUAUAACAAGAUCACUUUUAAAGAGAACCCACCUAUUCCCCUGGAGGAGAUAGUCCCAGACACUUCACCUCAGGCUGUGGAUCUGCUGAAGAAGUUCCUUGUCUAUCCCUCUAAACAGAGAAUCAGUGCCAAAGAGGCCCUGCUACAUCCCUAUUUUUUCACUGAUCCUUUGCCAGCUCACCACUCAGAGCUCCCCAUCCCGCAGCGUGGGGGCAAGUACUCUCGGCAGCGAAUCCAACCCCCCCAUGAAUUCUCAGUGGAUCGGCCCCUAGAGGAGAGCUUAGUGGAUCCCAGUCUUCUCCAGUGGCACACUUAG